AUGACUGAUAACAAUACGCUGUUCCGCGGUUUGAUGCAGAAACCGUACGAGCCCACGUUUGUACCGAAGGCCGAUGGUAAGCUCUACUACGAUCUGCCGGAUGCGUACCUAACCGACCAAUACCGACCGUAUGGAGCAACGAUCCAGAAUCGCUUCGGUACGAACGCAGAACAACGUGUACCGUUUCCGAACAUUACACCGCCGAACCUAUCGUUUGCGGACGUUGUAACGCGUCGUGGUGUCUUUUCCGUGUUCAACGGCGCUCAUAGACGUGCUGCUGGCGAACUGAUACAACUGUUCCUCGAUCAACCCGAUCCCACCAGGUUGAGUGCAAUGGCGGCGUACGUGCGCGAUCGUGUUAAUGCGCCCAUGUUUCAGUAUGCGCUCGCGAUCGCACUUAUCCAUCGAGACGAUACGCGGGAUGUGGAGAUACCGAACUUUUUGGAGCUGUUUCCGGACCGUUUCGUUGAUCCGGGUGUCUUUCCGCAGUUGCGCGAGGAAAGCAACCUGUUGGAUCGAGGCACUCGGCGUGCGAUUGAUAUUCCUUCGAACUAUACGGCAUCGGAUCGGAUUGAUGAGCAGCGUGUGGCGUAUUGGAGGGAAGAUAUUGGUGUUAGUUUGCACCAUUGGCACUGGCAUCUGGUGUAUCCGUCGACGGGUCCGGAUCGGGUUGUGCGGAAGGAUCGUCGGGGAGAGCUGUUCUACCAUAUGCAUCAGCAGACGAUUGCACGGUACAACAUUGAACGGUUCGCUAAUGGAUUGCCACGCACACAGUCGUUUAGUCAGCUGCGGGAAAGCAUUCCCGAAGCGUACUUUCCGAAGAUUGUACGAAGCUCCGAUGGGAGAGCUUAUUCGUGUCGCUAUCCCAAUCAGGUGAUGAAGGAUGUGAAUCGAGUCGAGGAUCAAUCUACGGUUCGUUUGGCAGAUAUGGACGUUUCGAUAAAGCGUAUUUUUGAAGCAAUCGAUAACGGGUUUGCACAAGCGACAAAUGGAGAUCGCAUCCCACUCGACAACAAUAAGGGAAUCGACAUUCUAGGCGAUAUGCUGGAGGCGAGCACGAUUUCAGUCAAUUUCAACUAUUAUGGCGAUUACCAUCAGAACGGGCACGUCAUGCUGGGAUACAUACACGAUCCGGAUAAUUCGUACUUGGAAGGUGUCGGUGUGAUGGGCGAUCUGACGACAACCAUGCGCGAUCCUCUGUUCUACCGCUGGCAUCAGCACAUUGACGAAAUAUUCGUACGCCACAAGCAGCGUCUUCCGGCGUACACCAGCUCCGACCUCUCAUUUAACGACAUUACGGUGGAUUCGUUUGAGGUGCAGCUGAACAAAGCGAACGCUCCGAAGAAUGUUUUACUAACCUUUUGGCAACGGUCCCAGUUUGAUCUCGGUACGGGGUUAGAUUUCGUGCCGGAAGGCAAUCUGUUCGUUACGUUCACCCACAUCCAGCAUGCUCCAUUUAGCUAUCGAAUACAGGCCACCAAUGGUAGUGGUACUGCACGGCGUGGCACAGUUCGUUUGUUUCUGGGACCGAAAGUGAACGAACGGGGCCAGACGCUGCCCUUCCGCGAUCAGCGACGUCACAUGGUGGAGCUGGAUAAAUUUACGGUCGAUUUACGCCCUGGACAAAACUCCAUCACAAGACGAUCCGAUCAGUCGAAUCUAACCAUCCCGUAUGAGCGAACGUUUCGUAACAUUGCCGCAUCAAGUCAACCGGGCACGGAAGUGUUCCAGUUUUGUAACUGUGGAUGGCCAUCGCACAUGCUGCUACCGAAGGGUUCGGCAAGCGGUUUGGAGUACGAUUUUUUCGUUAUGAUAUCCAACCACAAUCAGGAUCGUGUGGAGGAAUUCAACGAGAACGAUAAUUGCAACGAUGCACACAUGUUUUGUGGUUUGCGUGAUCGUCGCUACCCAGAUGCCCGGAGCAUGGGCUAUCCGUUCGACCGUUUUACGCCUAGUUCCGUGGGAAGCUUGCAGGACUUUACGCGCCCAUAUAGAAAUAUGGCUGUUACACCGGUUUCGAUUCGAUUUACAAAUACUAUCAUUGCGCGCACCUAA